AUGCAUACCUCAAUGAUGGAAAAAGCUGAGAAAGCAUUGACAGUUGGGGUGACCGACAGCAAUAUGAUGAUGAAUGUAUAUGAAAAUCCUGUAGCUCCGAUGAUAGUACAUCAACCGCUUAUGGAUGAAGAAUAUAGACGAUUAGUGGAAGCGGAAAUGUACAUACAGGAUGCUAUUGAAUAUGUUGCCGAUGAAAUUCGCCCUGAAGCACCGAGCGGUUUCAUCGUUGAAGAAGAGAUGUUGAAUAAUACAAGUGAAAGCGGUAAUAUCACCGGUGCUCCAAAUUUACAACAGUUACCAUCUGCUUCACCGGAAGCUACAAGUCAAAUGUUCAGGACCAACGAAAUAUUUGAAAAAGUGGAAGAACCGAUAGAAGUUGAUGAUGCGGUAACAUAUGCCCCUGAAAUACAAUCUAUCGAAAUUCCACCCGAUGAAGCGAGUGUUAACAGUGAAAAUUUAUUGGAAUAUUUUGAUGAGGUUGCUGCAGAAUACGCUAAUGUUCUACCAUUACCACAAUCAAUAGGAGUUACCGGAAAUACACCAUUUACAAAACCAGCAGAAACAUCGCAAUCAAUAUCUUUACUGAAAAGUUCACGAAGUUACACAUCAAGCGGAAGUCAACCACGGAUGAAAAAACGAAGUUCAUUGUUGAGUGUAUUGGGUGUAACAAGUACGCAAGAGAUGUUGUUAACAUUAACAUCACUUGAAGAUCUAUCAAAUGCUAUGCGUAAAGCUGGUUUACAGUCCACAAAUUUGAUUUUUGGUAUUGAUUAUACGGCUAGCAAUAAAUAUCAAGGUGAACAGUGCUUUCAAGGGCGAUCUUUGCAUUCCUUGGAUCCUUACAAAGAAAAUCCAUAUCAACAGGUAAUUAAAAUUAUGGGGCGGAUAUUGGCACCGUUUGCUACAUCCGGUUUUAUACCAGCUUAUGGUUUUGGAGAUGUGAAAACGAGUGAUUGGUCAGUGUUCAAAUUGAAGCCUGAUGGUGAAUGCAGAAAUCUCGAUGAAUUAUUACAUGUAUACGAUGCAAUCACUCCAACAAUAAGUUUAAGUGGUCCAACAAAUUUCGCUCCACUAAUUUACGAAGCUAUUCAAAUUUGUGAGAAAGCUCAAAAUUAUCAUAUAUUAGUAAUAAUAGCAGAUGGACAAGUGACCAACGAAAAGGCUACUCGAAAGGCCAUUGUACGAGCAUGCCAAUAUCCGUUGUCAAUUAUUGUGGUCGGUGUUGGUGAUGGACCAUGGAAUAUGAUGAAGAUAUUUGAUGAAUCAUUACCAAGAAGACCGUGGGAUAAUUUUCAUUUUGUUGAAUUUCAUGAAGUGAUGCAAAAAGCGAAUAAUGUUGAUUCCGGUGAAUUAUCAUUUGCAGUGCAAUCGUUAUUAGAAAUACCGGAUCAGUACAAUAUAGUUCGUCAAUUGGGCUUAAUACGAUCAGUAUCACCAAUACCCGAACAUUAG